AUGACUAAAAUUAACGGAUCUGCUUACUUCUGUGGUGACAGUAAGAAGGAUGUGUGGACUGUGACUAAUGAGGCUGCAGCUGAAGCUGCUAGAGAUGGUAACCAUAAAUUUUCUGAGUUUUAUAAUCUUGGUCAAGGUUUCUUUUCAUAUGCUCCUCCAGAAUUUAUGACCGAACAAGGUAAGAAGGCUUUGGAAAAUAUACCUGCUAAUCAAUAUUCACCUGUCAGAGGGCAGCCUAUUUUGGUGGAUGCGUUAUCCAAGCUUUACAGUCCUGUUUACAAGAAACAAUUGAAGCCUGAGAAUAUCCAGGUUACCACUGGUGCGAAUGUAGGUAUUUUUGCUUGUUUGAUGUCAUUGUUGAAUCCUGGAGAUGAAGUGAUUGUUCUUGAACCUUUUUUUGAUCAGUAUAUUUAUAAUAUCAAGGUUUUAGGUGGUAUUGUGAAACAUGUUCCGUUAACUCCACCGAAAGAUUUGAAGACCAGACGCACUAAAGGGAGUGAAUGGACGUUAGACUUUGAUCAAUUCCGGUCUGCAAUAAGUGAAAAAACUAAAGCUGUCAUUAUUAAUUCACCACAUAACCCUACCGGUAAAGUUUUUACACGUGAAGAGUUGUUAACGCUUGGCAAUAUCUGUGUUGAGAAGAACGUCUACAUCAUUUCUGAUGAAGUUUAUGAAAAUUUGUACUUUACACCUGAAUGUGUGAAGUUGGCUUCUCUUUCUCCAGAAAUCAGCAACAUUACUUUGACGAUUGGCUCUGCGGGAAAGAUUUUUGCUGUAACUGGUUGGAGGAUCGGUUGGAUUAUAUCUGAGAAUGUGGAGUUAUUGAAGUUAGCAUCUAGUGCUCAUAUCAAAAUCUGUUUUAGCUCUCCUUCUCCCCCUCAGUUGGCUUGUGCGCAUGCAAUUGACAUAGCAUUGAACUCCGACUAUUUUGAUAGAAUGAGAAAAGACUACAUAGAGAAGGUUGAAAUCCUCACUAGUGUCUUUGAAGAGUUGGGGAUGCCAUACACAGUUCCAGAAGGUUCUUACUUUAUUGUUGUUGACUUUUCGAAGCUUAAAAUCCCUUGA